AUGCUCGGAUUUCUGUGGAUGAGCGAAGAGGAGAUUAGCUUCGAUCCAACAUUCAAGAGAACAUCCAGCGGCCAGCAGUUCAUCGAGAUCAACCGGAAUGCCUGUUAUUAUCAUUAUAAGGUUGUUCAGGGACUGGAUAUUAUCAAGGCUUCCAACUACAAACUAGACUGGAUAGACUUUAUGCUAUGCGUAAAAGCGAGAAGUGGCUUGCGGAAAGGCUGCAGCAGCAGCAGCAUCGCCGGGAUAAAGCGGCUAUCUAGCCGGGCUGCUGCCCCUCUACCGAGCAAACAGCCAGCAAGCAGCAGACAGCUAUCCAGCUCAGCUGGCAUAUUUUUGCCACCAUUCAGCCCACCAUCCAGCCAAGGCAGCAUACCUCAGCCACCAAGCAAGCAGCCAUCCAGCCAAGCCGGCACAUCUCUGCCAACCAAACAGCCAUCCAGCUAUGCCAACACACUUCCGCCGCCCAACAAACGAUCCCGCCUAUCGCAAUCUCCCAACAAGGCCUACAUUACCAUCCUACCGGACCGGGAAUAUAGACAGCAAGAUUUCGAGCGCAUUUGCUUGCUGCACUAA